AUGAGCAAGUUGUCCGAAUAUCAUCAGCGAGUUAAAUCUCUCACUAGAGAAGAUAUUCUGACCAAGUUCCCCGAAGUGACGCCCUUGGAAGCUACCACUGGAGAGUCAUCUUCGUCGACGACAAAUGGCUCUACUACAUACAACUCGCUUUUCCGAGGUCACGAUGAAGAGCAGAUCAAACUCAUGGAUGAGAACUGUAUUGUUCUAGAUUAUGAUGAUAGAGCGAUCGGUGCUGGAACGAAAAAGCUUUGUCAUAUCAUGGAUAAUAUCAAUAAGGGAUUGCUCCAUAGAGCAUUUUCCGUCUUUUUAUUUGACUCGAACAACAGGCUUCUCUUACAGCAGAGGGCUGAUGAGAAAAUUACCUUUCCCUCCAUGUGGACCAACACUUGUUGCUCCCAUCCCCUUUGUGUUCGGUCUGAACUGGGGUUAGACCUGGACUCAUCUAUUCUAGGAGCCAAGACUGCAGCUCAAAGGAAGCUGGAACAGGAGUUGGGAAUUCAUCCGAAAGAUGUUCCUAUUGAAAACUUCAAGUUUUUGACCAGAAUUCAUUACAUGGCACCUAGCAAUGGACCAUGGGGAGAGCACGAAAUUGAUUACAUUUUAAUAAUCAAAGCUAAUCCAGCAUUCAAGGCGAACCCAAAUGAGGUGAAAGACACCCGUUAUGUGACAGCAGACGAACUCAAAAAGAUGUUCAAGGAUCCAAGUUUGGUGUUCACCCCAUGGUUCAAGUUGAUCUGCGAAUCAUAUCUAUUCCAAUGGUGGGAUCACCUUGAUGAGCUAGACAGAUUUACUAGCACGGAAAUUGACCGCAUGUUGUGA